AAGCUGUAGGACGUGCUUGCUUACGUUCCGGAUUCUACGCAUCCGGUAUGCCGGUGCUUCUACGCGCCACAGGCGCCGGUUCGCGCCCUUCAAAUGCCCAUUCGCACUCGUCUCAGAUCUCUCGGCUACUGCAAAAGUCAUCUCGUCAGUCUGGCGUUAAUCAAACGGUCUCUGUAUCCCGUCAACAGUCGCAGCUGCCAUUAACAUGUAUUGGAAAACUUCGAGAUUUGUACAGACGUUACCAUAUAAAACACUUAUUUCCAUUGAUUCGUGAACGUGAGCUUCUUCGACGUCGCAUGGAUGAGAUUUUUCUUGAUCAGGCAGCGAAGCGACGAGAAGUUCGAUUUCGUUUUAUCGACGACGCUGUUGACUAUUUCGAGAAGCAAAUAGGAUUUUCGCCCUCAUUCACUGAACCGUUCCAUGUCAAAGCAUCCGUAAAAGCUUCUCUCUCUGUCACUAAGGUUUACUGUCAUUUACAUUUUUGCUUAACACUUCAUUCAGGCUACGGUGAUAUUGCGUGCGUUACGGUAGCUGGUCGUAUUAUGACAGUAAUCUAUUCAUGUGUGGGUAUUCCGCUAAUGCUCAUCACGUUAAACGAUUGUGAAGUAAUAUUCUUUCAAAGCUUGACACUCACAAACGUGCCAAAAGAUCGCAUUCAGUUUAAAGUCACUCAGAAAAAAAUGGUGGACGCGGUCGAGAGGGGUGAGGUGCAUCCGAGCGUCGAGUUGUCGUCGUUGGCGUCAGAAGCGGGCAGUCUGCCAUCUCUCAGUGACGUCGACGAAGUGGAAGAAAAGCGAACGCCAAGAAUGAGCGUCAAGGUAGCGCUUUGCAUAACCAUUGGAUGGAUUUUUUUCUGUUCUGGUCUAUUUCGACUAUGGGAAGAUUGGACAUAUGCGGAGAGCUGCUAUUUUAUGUAUAUCAGUCUAUCUACAAUCGGUUUGGGUGAUAUAUCUGUACAAAGGAGAGAUAUGAUGGUUAUGUGUUUUGUUUUCGUGAUAAUUGGACUUUCGCUGGUCAGUAUGAGUAUAAAUGUUGUACAGGUUGCCCUGGAAGAUUUCUAUGUGAAGCUUAUGAUGAAGCUUAUCAUCGAGUAUCAGGAGAAGAUGGCGGCAGAGAAGAAGCGUGUUGCGAUGGUUAAAGUAGAACGAGAAGCUCAUGAGAAAGGCAUCGAGGUGCCAAAGAUUCUUACCACAUUGAACGAGAAAACUGGUUACUUUUUCUUUAUAACGCUUAAGAAUAAAUCUGAGAAGAACGCACAAACCAUGGCCAUAAUGUCGGAGGAUAGCUUUUGUCAAACCGAAGUUGAAAAAAGGGAUUCGAAAGAUAUUGAAACCCAAACUGAACCGGAAGAACACCACAAUACCGGAGUGCAGACGAUCCAGGUGGAAAUGAAGGACGCUGAAGUCAUAACACCGAUUUCACAGACGAUGGAUGGACUUUGUCAGACGGAGAUGGUUCCUACUAUGAAUCAAGUGUCACAGACGAUACAAGUUGACCUUGUUGACCAUGAAGUGACCGCAGAAGUUGAGACGAAGAACAUUCGCAUUCAAACACCGUCUCCCAUGAUAGUGAAGAGAACAAUUCAGACAGAGGACUUAGAGGUUGAAGACGAAGAAAUCGCCGAGGCUGAAGACGAAGUCUCAGAAGAAUCACUUCAUUGGGAUCCGGUGGACGGAAUGCAUGCCGAGAAGCAGCUACCAGUUUCGACGCUCACCAAAAUGUUCGACCAUAAAAUGAUGCUCGAGCGGAGAAAAAGGUACUAG